CAAACCUUUGAAGCCCAGAUACUAUUUCUAUUUUUUUUUUUUCUUUAUUUCUUUAUUUUUCCUUGAUUGUCAUUAUGGGAAUUCUAGCAGGCAAUGUCGGUAUAACUGACCUAAGAUGCAAAGACGAUGGCAUACCAACAGAGACAUCAAUAGACCAAAAACGAGUAGAGGAAUCUGUCUUGGAGAAAUAUGUUCCUUAUGCACCCAAUAACACGGAUAAACAAUCCAUAGAAGAUAUUCGAUUAAAACGACAAAAACAUAUCGCCUACCUUAAACGAGGUCUGAACGGACUUGACCAAUGGGCCUCAGCACUUGAUGCCAGUAAACCUUGGUUAGUUUAUUGGAUCCUUCAUUCCUUGGAUUUGAUGGAAUACACGUUUGAAAAAGAAUUGAUUGACAGAGCCAUUGAUUCAAUCAAACAUUGGCAGAUACCCACAGGUGGAUUUGGAGGAGGCGGAGAUCAAUUAGCCCACUUGGCAACGACUUAUGCAGCUGUGAAUGCAUUGGCCAUUCUUGGUACAAAAGAAGCCUAUGAAGCUGUUGACAGAGAAAAUCUGUACAACUACUUGAUGCGCAUGAAACAGCCAGAUGGAUCAUUCACGAUGCAUGAUGGAGGUGAAAUUGAUAUUCGUGGAUCCUACUGUGCAUUAAGUGUAGCGGCCUUAUUGAACUUGUUUACGCCCGAAUUAACAGAAAAUUGUAUUGAUUUUAUCCGCAGGUCACAGACCUAUGAAGGAGGGAUCGGGCCCUAUCCCGGCAAAGAGGCUCAUAAUGGAUAUACGUUUUGUGGAUUAGCAGCAAUGCAGUUACUGGAUGGCAUGUCACAAUUGAACCUGGAUCGCUUGGUGGAUUGGUGUUCAGGACGUCAAAUGAAACUGGAAGGAGGAUUUCAAGGACGUACGAACAAACUUGUCGAUGGCUGCUACUCUUUUUGGGGAGCAGGCGACUUUCCCAUCAUCAAGGCAGCACUUGAUGCCAAGGUACAAAUAGAUGAUUAUCUCUUUGACAGGGAAGCUUUACAAGAAUACAUCUUGCUUUGUUGUCAGAGCGCAUCAGGAGGACUGAUCGAUAAACCAGGUAAAGGUCCAGAUUUCUAUCAUACCUGCUACUGUCUCUCGGGCCUUUCCACCGCACAGCACAGUAUUAUCUAUAAGCCUACACCGGACAUCCCACCUGGACUCAGAUCUAUCCUGUGGAAGUGUCAAAAUGAGUUUACGAUUGUGGGUGACGUGAUUGAAAAUAGUUUACAACCCACCCAUCCCAUUCACAACAUCACUUUGCGUGCAACAAGAGAUAUCCUUGCCUACUUUUAUCAAGACGAGCUGAAAGGCCUUCAGGUGCCUACAGACGAUCCUCCUUUUAUGGAAGACGAAAAGAAAUAAAAUUCCGUUGCAUAUUAUUUUUCUUUUUUUUUUUUUUUU